ACAGCAGCCAGUAUGGCGGACAGCGAAAGUGAUUUGGAAACAGACGGACUCCAAUCAGCUCUGGACUCACUGUGUGAGAGACACUGCAGCGACGAGUCGACCCUGAACAGCAAAGACUACUGCUCUGAGUUCUGUGAGCUGGUUGAGGACUACACGGGGCAAUGGCAAGUUCCUCUUCCCCAGCUCAAGCUGCUGCGGACAGCACUCAGCAGUUUCACCAAAGCCACUGCUGCCUUCCCCGAUGACUGUCAGCACAUCUACCAUGUCCUCAGUAGCCUGGCCCUGAGCUUCUUUGAACUCAUGCUGUUUUUCAGCAAAGAAGAAUUUGUGGAAACACCUUUAAAAGACAUCCUUGAUUCCUUUCAGGAGUGUCACUUUCAGCUCCUAAGGCACAGGAAUGGCUACUUUCAGCAUGUGAAGCAGACCAUCAAAGCAGGAGGCCCAUGGGAGAAUGCAGUACUACAAAGAAUCCUGAAGGAGGCAGACUUGCCACCCAAAGAGGUUGAUGAAUUCUUGAGCUCUGAGUUGCCGGUGUUCUUGGAGCUCCGGGUUCGGUACCUGCAGGCCUGUGAACGGAUGCAGGAGGCCAUGGCCCUGGCUAAAAGCUGCCUGGAGAAUCGUGAGGCUGGAAAGCAUCUGUUCUUCCAUCAGGCGUACCUGACCUGUCUCCACAAGGCCUCACUGCACGAACAUCUCCACAAAGAGAUGGCAGAGAUUGACGGCCGAGAUGCAGUGGAGAUCAUCUGCAACACAGAGAGUGUGGAAAAGGAUGAGCUCCUGUUGUCACUGUGUAAAGCUUUCCUGACUCAGCAUCUUCACAAUGGGGACAUGUAUUACAUCUGGGACCUGGUGUUCAUCUGGAGUAGGCUGCACCUGCGGGCCCAUCCGUCAAGACAAGGCUUCCUGGCUGAGUGCCUCAAGUUGGCUUCCUCUGCUACCAAUGUCAGAGCCAUCUUUCCUUUCAUCAAACUGCUCACAACAGAGGUGGGUAGUGAAGGGAUCCAGGUCUGUGUGGAGCUUUGUGCCAGGGCCCUGCAGCUGUGUGACAUGCAGGUCGACUCUGUGACCUGCUCUCUGGUCUGCAAGACCAUCGCCUUCCUUCUGCCUCAUGACCUGGAGAUCUGUCGAGCUUGUGCUCUGCUUGUCUUCUGUCAAGAACGCAGCCUGGAGGCUUACAGAACCGUCUGCCUGCUUUAUAUGCAUCCCGACCAGGAGCCCCAUCCAAACAACAGCACUGUCCGGACCAACGUCCGCUUCCAUAUUCUACAGAUGAUGAAGCAGCGCUUGUGUUUUGACCCUGAGUUCUGGAACCUCCUGACCCUCAGGACACAUUGCAUGGAGCUGAUAAGUGACAAGGUCAUGAAGGCUGCUGUUAUGAAUGAGAUGAAAGAAGAAGAAAGGGAAUACAGUGAAGAGCUGCUAGCAAAUUGUUCAAAUGACUCAUGUUCUCAAGAUCUUAGUUUGUGCCAGUGCAAUGAAGCUACAGUUAUGAAGCAAGAACUUCCAAAGGAGCCGAUUGUAGCUGAACCGGCAAAAAAGUGUGUUCCUCCACCAGAUCAAGUUCCCUUGAAGAGGAUAAAAUUGAGGAGAAUUCAACGAAGGAGAAAACAUUCUGUGUCUGAUGAUGAACCAGAGCCUCGUGAUGAUCCAGAGUUCAAAUACAAUCUCCAGCCCACCUCUUUGAUCAAUAAGCCCAUGUAUUCACUAAGACGCAGUCACACUGACAAGGAAAACGCUGCUUCCACAAAGUUCCCUCUAAACCGCAAACGAGAGUAUCUGUCUCGAUGUGUGAAGAGCCAAAUUUUGAAAAGGAAAGGCCAGAAGAAAAGAUGGUUGCAGGGACUUCCAAGGCUGGAGCAGGUACAGACUGUUAAAGAGUUAAAGGUCCAAGUUAAAGGGAAGAAGAGAGGUCGGAAGCCUUUAUUCAAAUAUGAACUCUCUUAUCCUGAUAAUGAAAUAUUCCUGACAGUAGACAGAUCUGGUUCCGACGAGGAAACUGACACCGAGCUGGAAAUGCCACAUCUGGUGAAUGAACUUGAACAAAAACGGGAAAACGAAGAGACUCAUCUUGAGCCGGUAAAUGAUCUUGAAAAGGAAAAUACUGUGGUUGCGCAGGAUACUGCCAUGGUCUGUGUGAAUAGUCUAACUGAACAAAUCCAAGAGGAAUCUCAAACACGCCUUGGUUCAAAGCUUAGUGAAGGUCCUCCUUCAGAGACUCGAGCUUCCAUCCCUGCCGUCGAAGCGGAUCCUGAGCUCGAUGGACCACUCUUACAGUUACUGGAGUGUCCAGUGGAUCUGCUGCACAGCUACUCCCUUAACUCCAGAAAGCCUGAAGAAUCCUCCGUGGCAGAUGGGCUGGAUGGUGAUGCAGAGGAGGAGCCCCAGUCGCCAAUGGAAACAGAAGUCUCAAAACUCAAGGUGCAAACCAAGAGAACAUGGAGAGACAGAAUGCUCCGUACUCAACAAUACUCUCAUUUGUCCCACCACUGCACUCUCUGCCGUAAAGACUAUAAAGGCUUGAACGUUAUGAGGCAUGCUCUGUCACACCUCAAGAGAAGGAAAAUCAGAUGUAUACUCUGUGGAAAACGCUUUAAACAGUUCCAUUUUGCCAAAAAGCAUGUUCUGGACCACUUUGAUGAAAUGUGCAAACAAAAACCCAAGGAGCCCUGCACCAUGGACACUCCAGCGGCUAAUGGAGUAGCAGAAAAUGCUGAAAAUCUGAACCACCCUCAGAAUGAAAUUCAGACUCACAUUUCUGAUGAGGACAUUGCUGAGCGGAAGACAAGCAGCAAAAUCAAAGUUUCCAGCCUCAAGAGAGAAGAUCGCAUCAUCAGAAACCUCCGCACCCUCAUCAAAAAGACGUCUGUGCUUCACAAGAAGUGCAAGAACCCUAAUGCAAACAUUUUCAAGCGGGUCGAUUUCAAGGAUGAGCAGGUCGUCAUUACAGACGGCCAGGUGAUCGUACGAGAGCCGUCUGUGAUUGAGAGGGAAGGGGCCGACGAGGACGAGAAGAAGCCAGCAGAAGAAAAUGGCUUUGGUGUGGAUAUCACAUAUCACCUCUGCCCGUCGGUGUCGUGUGAUCGAGUUUUCUUGAAGGUCAGCACCACACUGACGAAGCACGCUCUCAAAUGCCACAUAAAGGAAGAGGACGUGCUGGAGAAGACUUUUAUUUGGGCCAAGCACAAGUGUAGCCUCUGCCUCAGGCAGUUGCAGUUUCUCCAGAAUUAUAAGGACCACAUGAAAUUCCAUGAUAGUCCUCUGCAACACUUCUGCUACCAUCAAGAGUGUGACCAACGUUUCUUUACGCAGCAGGAACUGAAGGACCAUGUGAACACCCACAAGCCCUUCAGGCCCCAAUGUCCCUUCACAGACUGUGAGAAGCUCUUCUCGAGCCUUCAGGGCCUCUACGACCACGAAUGGAGACACUACAUCCCAGCUCCUCAAAAAGAGGAGUUUGAGUUAAAGGGCGACAGAAAGAUAACGCAAAAUUCAGAAGCUCCGUGGAAGCAGAGGGUGAAGGUCGAGGAGUUGUGGCUGCAGAAUAAAAAGGGGCAGAUGGAAAGUCCUAUCCCAGAUCACCUAGAGGCCUCGCAUGUUGAGGAUCUCGGAGAAAUGAGCCAAACUGAGAAGCAGGAUUGUGAAGCAAAUCUUUCAAACAGCAGUGAAGACCUGUUGAAAUUAGAUGAUCUUACAGAGAAAACAGUCAGUCAUGAUGACAACGAAGACACCAUCAAUGGAUUUGAGGAUGUGGCAAGUUCCCAUCCUGGAAGUGAAAAAAACACUCCACCUAAGAAAGUUCGUAAGAGAACGCCAGUCCAGUUGGACCCUCUGAAUGUCAAGGACCUUGAGGAUUUGUCCACUUUGGCUGAGGGAGUCCAGCAGAAACUGGGAGAGCCGCAUAUCACCGAGCACAAGACCUUCAAACCCGAGGAUCCGGUCUACGCCACGUUCGUCAAAGCCCCCUUCAUCCGGCCGCCGCCCUCCACCUACCUGGAUGAAUCUCUGCUCUCCAUGCGCAAGAGGAGGGCCCCCGUGGAGGUUGUUCAGAAGAAAAAUGUCUACUGGAGCAUUAAGAAGAAGAACGAACCCGCGCUCAACAAGGAGCAGAAGGUGGACAACACGGCCCCUGAGCAGAAGAGCAGACAACGCUGUGACAAAUGUUUGUCCUCCUUCGGCAGCUUAGAAGAACUAAAGAAACACCAAGCUCUUAACACCUGCUCUUCACUGUUUGGCUUCGAUUCUGACGAUGAGAGUUAGUGCUUGAGGACCUGAAGCUGGAAUGACCAUUAUACUCCAUCACCUGGCUCAGGGCCAACCUUGAACAUAGAUCAACACUGGAACCUUUUCUUAACAGUCAGAUAUCACUCAGAUUAUUGCAUUCAUGGACACCUCUGUGUUAACAAAGGCAGGAUAUGUGCCAAAAUGGUUAUUUGGAGGAUUUUAUUUAUUCAUAAAUAACAUCUUCAAUAUUUUCUCACAUUUUAAAACAAAAAAUGGGACAUUUUCUUCUCGUCCUAUCUAAAAGUUACGCUGGACAAUGUGUGAGAACUAGGAAACCAAAUACAGCCCAGGACAGCCUCCCGAGAGUCAAAGUACACAAUAAUAUCUAUAACUUCACGCAGAUCAGUAUUUAUUUUUAGACCAUAGAAUGAAAGUGUUUUAAUGACAAAACUUGUCUGGACACAACGCUGUUAAGGUAUAGUGCCACAUUAUGUGUUAGGUUAAAAAAUAUCAUGAGCCUACUUGCUCAUCAAAUUUCUAUUCCCCAAUCUGGUUUCCCAAGUAGCUCAGAAGAAGCAAAGCCGGCUGUACAGAUGAAUUCAAUAUUUUUACUUUUCUAACAGAGGUAGACAUGGCUUGGUCGGUAAUCAAGUACAAUACAGGAUUAAUUAGAAUUCCGAGCCUGCCUGGUUUAUUAUUAGUUCUUGUCUUUCUUGGUCAUACGCUGAACAGACAGGAGAUGUGAGCCUGAAGUAAAGAUUUUCAUUUAUUCAUGUUUUAACAAGAUUUUUGAAAAACAAAGUCCAACUCCGAGAGCACAGAGAGUGCAUGUUGCUCUCUCUGUUUUGAAUGUACAGUCUUCCAGAUGAAUCAUGUGCCUCUCUGAGUUCUUUGUGUAGAGGUCGUAUGAAAAAACAUCGAAUUAUACACAACGAUAAUUGUGGAUAUGCAAAAUUACACAAUUAAAUUUUAUAUUUUGAAUAAAUCCUCCAAACCUUUAUCAAAUAACGUUUAAAAACAUAAAGAGGAAGUGUUUCCAGUGCCUGUGAGCUGCUGCUUGUUUGAAACAAGGCACAACAGCUUUGUUAACUGGUCUUCUGGUGAUGGCAUGUCAACAUUGAUCAAAAUGUCUGACCGUGUAAAUCUGCCUCCGUACUGUCACAAUAGUUCUCUGUACAGCAUAGGAGUUAUUCAUAAUUAUAUUAGUGCCAAUACUGAAUCAGUGUUAGACUGUUGGUGAAAUUGAACAUUGAACCAGUGACACCAGUUUUCUUUGAAUUUCAAAUAUCUGGUAUUUCAUCCUGUAGAAUAUCUGAGACGGUCCUCAGUUGUGUAUAUACUUAUGAAAAGGUUGAUCUGUUUGAUAACUUUUUAAUGUAAUGCUUUUAUGUGACUGUGCACUUAAACCUGCUUAUUUAUAUGUAAAAAUGUGAAUAGAUUGGAUUUCUACAGGUAAUGACUCAUCUAUUUUUCAUAAAGAAAAGGUGAUUAAAUUUGUUUGAAUAAACAAAUGGUGAAUCUAAAGUCUGUUGUUGAUCAUAGUUCAUAUCAGAGUCUAGAAUGUUUUGGUUUCUUAUUUUUCAUGGUCAUGAGACAGUUUUGUAUAGUUCUUGUUAGUGCUCGAGCAUCGAACAGUGGGAGGCCCUAUCUAAAUUGUAAGGAUUAUUAUUAGUAAUGCUGCCAAUUUUAGGGGUUCAGUAUAUUGCCGGGAUGCACAUGGGGAAGAGUGGCGAUUGAACCCACGACCUUCUUGUUGGGGAACGACCAAUCUACCGACAAGGCCACACUGACUGCUCAUUCCCAUGAGGAACUAUGCGCAGCAAGAAGAUGGACAAAUUAUUGUUGGUGUUUGUCAUUCUAUGCUCAUUUUGAUACACACUUCAGAGAAACUACUACAUAUAUUUGAAAGCCUUACUUAAAAGUUAUUUUAGAUUUAGACUUUUAGAUACUGGAUGAUUUAACAUGCUUUAAAAAAAUUAGAGAAUAACCCAGUAGUUUCAAACCUUGGCUUCUGACGCCUUACAAGAAUCACAGU